AUGUUAUUAGGACGGACUACGGAUGUCAGUUUUGAACAAUAUUCAACAGUUACUGAUGGUAGCACCACAACUGAUCCUGUAUCGUCAAAGCAAUCAACAAAAGCUAGUCCUGAGCCACGUUCAACAGCUACAAUUGGCAGUUCCUCAAUUGAUUCCGUACGGUCAACGCAAUUAACGAAUGCCAGUUCUGAGCCACGUUCAGCCGUUACGAAUGGCAGUUCCACAACUGAUCCUGUACCGUCAACGCAACUAAGAAAUGGUCAUGAGCCACGUUCAACGGUUUCGAAUGGCAGUUCCACAACUGAUCCUGUACCGCCAACGCAACUAAGAAAUGCCAGUCCUGAGCCACGUUCAACGGUUUCGAGUGGCAGUUCCACAACUGAUCCUGUACGGUCAACGCAAUUAACAAAUGCCAGUCCUGAGCCACGUUCAACGGUUUCGAGUGGCAGUUCCACAACUGAUCCUGUACGGUCAACGCAAUUAACAAAUGUCAGUCCUGAGCCACGUUCAACGGUUUCGAGUGGCAGUUCCACAACUGAUCCUGUACGGUCAACGCAAUUAACAAAUGCCAGUCCUGAGGCACGUUCAACGGUUUCGAGUGGCAGUUCCACAACUGAUCCUGUACGGUCAACGCAAUUAACAAAUGCCAGUCCUGAGCCACGUUCAACGGUUUCGAGUGGCAGUUCCACAACUGAUCCUGUACCGUCAACGCAAUUAACAAAUGCCAGUCCUGAGCCACGUUCAACAGUUACGAAUGGCAGUUCCACAACUGAUCCUCUACGGUCAACGCAAUUAACGAAUGCCAGUCUUGCGCCACGUUCAACGGUUUCGAGCGGCAAUUCCACAACUGAUCCUGAACCGUCAACGCAAUUAACAAAUGCCAGCCCUGAGCUACGUUCAACAGUUACAAAUGGCAGAUCCUCAACUGAUCCUGAACCGUCAACGCAAUUAACAAAUGCCAGUGCUGUGCCGCGUUCAACGGUUUCGAGUGGCAGUUCCACAACUGAUCCUAUGCCAGUCUUGAGCCUCGUUCAACAGCUCCGAUUGGACAGUUCCUCAACUGAUCCUGAACCGUCAACGCAACUAACAAAUGCCAGUGCUGUGCCGCGUUCAACGGUUUCGAGUGGCAGUUCCACAACUGAUCCUGUACGGUCAAGGCUACUAACAGAUGCCAGUCUUGAGCCUCGUUCAACAGCUCCGAUUGGCAGUUCCUCAACUGAUCCUGAACCGUCAACGCAACUAACAAAUGCCAGCGCUGUGCCGCGUUCAACGGUUUCAAGUGGCACUUCCACAACUGAUCCUGUACGGUCAAGGCUAUUACAACAGGUGCCAGUCCUCAGCCACGUUCAACAGUUACAAAUGGCAGAUACUCAACUGAUCCUAUGCCAGUCUGAGCCUCGUUCAACAGCUCCGAUUGGCAGUUCCUCAACUGAUCCUGAACCGUCAACGCAACUAACAAAUGCCAGUGCUGUGCCGCGUUCAACGGUUUCGAGUGGCACUUCCACAACUGAUCCUGUACGGUCAAGGCUACUAACA